UAAGGUUAUAAAUUUCGGUGAUUGUGUGGAAUUGUAUUGAAUGAACGUUGGGGAAGCUUGAUUUGAAAUUGGACUCAAUCAUUUUAUCCAUUCUAAUUAAUUCAACCAUGAUAAAAUGGGCAUUCAGUUCAAUGUCAGAAGCAAGUAAGAAAAGCAUAUGUGACAGGACAACUUGGUGUACAUUCAACUCAACUGGAUGGACAGAGCCACGCCUAGCAUCUGCUUUUAUUUUAUUAAGCAUCGCUCUAAUAUUGACACAAAUUAUAAUAUUCAUCAAAGCAUUGCAUACCGCUUCUACAAGGAAUAACGUCUUUAUGAUUAUAACAUUGAUUAUUAUGAUUGUCGGUGUUGCAUUAUUGACUUUGUGUGGUGCGUGGUAUGAACAGGUCAUUGCGGCAAUGAUGUCAUUCUCAGUCAUGAUCUUUGCUAUUGAAUUAGUUCUCGGAAUGAAAGGUUCUACAGGAAGAUGGCGAAUGCUAUUAUUUUCACUUUGGUGUGUAUUUAUUACACUUGGACUGGUCUGCAGCAUUUUGAGUAUUAUCGAGAUGAGUCAGUGUAAAAUUGCGUUUCCCGUUUUGUCGGCUAUUUGUUGGUUAACAGCAAUGUUAAUCGUGAUUGCACUGACAACAUAUUAUUUGGUGAAAUACCAGGAACUGGAAGAAUACUCAAUUUUUUAUAUAAGAUUUAUAAUUUCGUUUGAAUUUUUGAUACUGCUGAUUAUUUCACAAUUGCAUGUCAAUUUCAUCUUUCAUUGUUGUCAUUAUACUGUGCUUUCUAGUUAAAGUAAU